AUGGAGCAAGAUGAAAAAUUAUGGUCCUGUGUGAUGAAAGCUUCACAUCUCGUAUUGGACGCCAAUAAUCAUCAUACCGACAACAGCGCAUGGAUGAGGAACCAAAGUUCCAAAUCAUCUCCAAGUAAAUACAUCUCCUCUUCGUUUGAAAGAAGUAUUUCCGAGGAUCAAGUACAACAACAACAAGAAUGGAAAUAUGAAUCGGAAAGGCUUACUAACCAAUUGAUGAAUUCUUUGGUAUUUAUGGAUGACGUAUAUGCAGAGUGCUUUUCAUGGAAUCAAUCAUCAAGGUCUCAACAUCAACUGACUUCCAACCAAAUUCUAAAGUUGGGCGCAAUCAGUAUUUUAAAUAUUAACAAGGAAAAUCAAUGGAUUUCAGAAGAAAGAUUUCAACAAUUACUUGAAAUGAAUUAUCAUUAUAAUUUAUACAUUUCUAAAAAUUCAGGUCAUCAUCAUGUUGAAGUGGUAGAUAAAUCACUUACCAAGGUUACCUCUGGAACAAAAUCAUCAUCAACCCAAAAAGAAUCAAUUGUACACGAAGAGGAGGAAUUUGAGAAAAUAUUUAGUGAUGAUGAGGAUGAAGAGGAGGAACAGCCUGUACAAAUUCCCACGUCAAAGACCACCUCACAAAUUUUGAACGCCUCCAAUACUACUCCUUCUUCUCCUUAUGUUGUCAUAUCAGAUCAAUUACCUCAACACAAUACUGGCGUGAUUGGAAAUGUUAAUUUGAGAAAGGCUGUGUUCUUUGUGAGCGAUCUUUCGAAAGCCUUGGAAAAGGUUGUGAAAAAAGCGAUUGACAUCUACAAGUUCACACAAGUGUACUUUUAUUGUGCUUUCAGUGAGGGUUUUUGUGAAUAUUACCAAUCAACAGUUCUGGAAUCGAUGCAUCAAGAACAACAGUGUUUUCCACGUGUUAGAUUCGUCAAGGAUUAUUUGACAUACUCAGAUCUCAUUGAAAAGACACGACUCUUUAUUUUUGAUAAGCAAUUUUCUCUUCAAAAGAAAGACUCAAAAUUGAGACUGAAAGAAGACGAAAUUAACAACAUAAUACAUGUAGAGGUGACGCAUUAUCCUUUCAAUAUUUCUCUCCUUCUUCCAGAUAUAUUCAUGUCACCCACAUGUGUAGACGUAUUCCCAAUUGUUUCCAUUACAAGAAAGGCUCAACCAUCUUCAACGUUAUCCAAAUCUAAUAGUCUCCUCUCUGGCUUUCACCUCGGUAGCAGCCCCCAGAAAGAAAAAGAUUCUUCCAUUGUCAUGCAAUUUAAGGACUUGCCACCUCUUCUUCAAUUGCAAUACAAGAAAUUGUCGGUCACGCUUCGAGACAUGUUAAAGAAUUUGAGAAUGAGUGUGGAUGUAUAUUCGCUCGGCCAGACCUCUAAUCUUAUUGCUGAAGAUUUACAGAGUCUAAUCGGAGAGGAAUCAUUCAAGACCACCGAUUCGUGUACACUAGUGAUUAUGGAUAGAACUCUUGAUCUCGUGUCUCCAAUGGUACAUUCAGAAAAUAUACUUGAUAAGAUUGUUUGUAGUUUAGAACGAUCAUCUAAAGUAUCCAGCAAUGUGAAAGAUCCAACGCCCUUGUUUCUCAAUACGAGCCAUUCGUUUCUCAAAGAUGUGAAUUUAUCAGGAAUUCUUCACCAUGGCAACGAGAAGAUAGUCGAUUUGAUAAGGUCAACCAUUGAGAAAAAGCCAUCUGAAACUAUAUCUGAAAUGAAAAUACUUCUCGAUAAGUUGCAAAAUGUAGCUUCCAAAAAGAGUGACAUGUCUCUCGACAAGACAAUAUCGAGCUUAAAAAAUCUAUUGCAACGCUUGAAUCCUCCAAUGAUGGUACAGAAUGGAGAGAUAAUUCAAUUUUUAUCAACCAUUCUACAUUCGCUAGAAUUAAUUCACAACAAUACCAAAUAUUCUGAACUAUCUAGUACUGAAAAAUUGAUACUUUACGAAUGUGACACCAAUCAAGAAGAAUUACUCAAAAAUAUUGUUGACAUUUUAAAGAAAAAUAAGACCAAAUUCACAACUCAAGAAAUACUUCGACUCGUCAUUAUGAUUUACUCUGUGGUUUCACCAAAUUGUACUCUCUCAUAUGAGCACGAAUUGAAGAACUUGCUUGUAGACAGAAUUAUAGAGGAGUACAAACAGAAUCAUUCCAACAAUUUAUCUGUCGAAUUUUGA